AUGGAGACUGUCAAUACAAGUAAUAGUUCGAUUACUAGUGAUUCAACUACAAUCACUAAUACUGCUGCUACCUCAAGCUCUGCGCCAGCAGUCACCGUCGUUGAGCUCAAGCGCUAUUCCCUAGUGCCUCCAAAGUGGCAAGAAUUCGUCCGUGCUGCCGGCAUGUCGGAGUAUAGGGAGGUCUCACUCUCCCUAGCCCAUGCCUUUGCUGCCGAUGACUACGCCCAGUAUCUUGUCAACACAGAGGAUCCCGAGGACGAGAAGACUGUCGUCGGUUCAGGUGGUGGAGACAGCAGAGGCGUGAUGUCCAGCGGCACCAUCAUGACCCCAGAGGACAAGUGGAAGCUGCAUGUAGAUAUCAUGACUUAUGCUGUCGCGAUGCAUUGCCUCAAUGGGCUGGUGACGACAAUUGGUCCAGAGUAUGAUAGCGUUGCGCUUUGGCUACCACCUGGUCACGAUCUUGAUAGCUGGUGGGUGCUGUUUCGCAGCGGAGCCUGGAGGCUCUACUAUCAGUUGUCUAUCGAGGGCAGGAAGCGUUACUUCGACGAGGUGGUCCCUCUCCUGCAUGACACCAAGGCGCAAGUCUUGGGCGAGAGGGAUCAUGAUGCCUGGUACUUGGUUUACUUGGGCACGAAGCCGAGCUCCCAGGGGAGAGGGUAUGCGGGGAAGUUGUUGAAGGAUGUGAUGCAGCGGGCCGACGCCGAAAACAGACCCAUGUAUCUCGAAUCCAGCUCACUCGCCAACAACUCUUACUACCAGAAGUUCGGCUUCGAGAUCAAGAGGGACAUCUUCCUGAAGCGUGGACGGGACCCCGUCCGUUUGUCCAUUAUGGUCCGCGAGCCCAAUGCCUCUGGCAUGACUCCCAAUAGCACCCGCAAGGAUCUUGUUACUGGUGGCUCUAACGUUGGCGCGCUCUUCGCUGCUGCUGCUGCUGCUCCUUUGACGACGACCACGACCACUAGCAAUACUCUUAUGGGAUCUACUAGGGUUAAGUUUCCUACUGUCGGCUCCCACCAUCAUCAUGGCCUUCUUGCACAUGGGCAUUACCAUGUUGGUCUUGGAGUUGGCGGUAAGAAGUUGAUGUAA